AUGAGAUCGAAGCUUUGUUCUUUAGCUCUCCAGCUCUCUCUUGUUCUUGAGCUCUUCUUCGUCUCUUGUGAUGGGUUCGCUUCUAACGAAGUUGGAGCUCUAAGAAGAUUCAAGGAAGAAAUCUAUGAAGACCCUUUGCUAGUUAUGUCAAAUUGGAACGACCCCAAUUCAGAUCCUUGUGCUUGGAACGGCAUUUAUUGCUCUCCAGCUAAAGAUCAUGUUAUCAAAAUAAAUAUAUCGGAUUCAUCGAUAAAAGGGUUUCUUGCGCCGGAAUUGGGUCAAAUCACCUACUUGCAAGAACUAAUCCUACAUGGGAACAUUCUACUAGGGACAAUCCCAAAGGAGAUAGGAAACUUGAAGAAUCUCAAGAGCUUGGACUUGGGAAACAAUCAUCUAACCGGACCUAUCCCUGCAGAGAUCGGAAGCUUGUCCAGCAUUAUGAAACUAAACCUUCAGUCCAAUGGUUUAACUGGGAAGCUGCCUCCAGAGUUAGGUAACUUGAAGUACCUUAAAGAGCUUCAUAUUGACAGGAAUAGGCUUCAAGGAAGUCUUCUUGGUACUGGAGCAUCAAAAGUGUUUACUUCAAAUUCAAGUGCAAACAAUGGCGGUUUGUGCAAGUCUUCUCUACUGAAAGUAGCUGACUUUUCAUACAACUUCUUCGUGGGAAACAUUCCGAAAUGUUUGGAGUAUCUUCCAAGGAAGAGCUUUCAAGGGAACUGCAUGCAAAACAAGGAUCUUAAGCAUAGACCUGCUUCCCAAUGCGGUAAUGCACAGUUGGUCAAAACUCAUGAAAGCCCGAGCUCUCCACCUAAGCACCAAACAGCUGAAAUUGUGGCUAAGCAUCAUAGAGCAUCGAGACCUAAGUGGCUUCUUGCACUUGAGAUAGUCACAGGAUCAAUGGUUGGUUUGCUUCUUCUGGUUGCACUUUUCUCAGCUGUUCACCGAUGGAACAACAGAUCAUCACUCAUCAUUCCUUGGAAGAAAUCUUCUUCAAGUGAUAAGGAAAAGUUCACAGUCUACGUAGAUUCUGAAAUGCUGAAGGAUGUUUCGAGAUUCACAAGACAAGAGCUUGAAGUGGCGUGUGAAGACUUUAGCAACAUCAUUGGUUUAUCUGCAGAUAGUCAAGUCUAUAAAGGAACGAUGAAAAGUGGGCCUGAGAUUGCAGUGAUCUCUCUUUGCGUCAAAGAAGAAGACUGGACCGGUUAUCUCGAGCUCUAUUUCCAGAGAGAGGUUGCAGAUUUGGCUAGACUGAACCACGUGAACGCUGGAAAAUUGCUGGGAUACUGCAAAGAGACCUCACCGUUUGCAAGAAUGCUUGUUUUUGAGUAUGCUUCAAACGGAACACUAUACGAGCACCUCCACUACGGGGAAGCGGCUUUAGUAUCAUGGGCAAGACGGAUGAAGAUUGUUAUAGGCAUUGCACGCGGUCUCAAGUAUCUUCAUAUGGAACUUGAUCCUCCAUUUACAAUCUCUGAGCUUAGCUCAAAUGCAAUCUAUCUCACAGAAGAUUUUACUCCUAAGCUGGUUGAUUUUGAAUGCUGGAAGACGAUUCUUGCGAGAUCAGAAAAGAAUUUGAGAAAUAUCAGUAGUCAGGGUGCGAUUUGCGUGCUACCAAGCGCAAUGGAGAGCCGAUAUCUCGAUGUAUCUGGUAAUAUCUAUGCAUUUGGUGUUCUUUUGCUGGAAAUUGUCAGUGGAAGACCUCCUUUCUGCAAAGACAGAGGCUUCUUGAUUGAAUGGGCAAAGGAGUUUCUUGAGACACCAGAGGCAAUGGCGAGUUUGGUGGAUCCAGAGCUGAAACAUUUUAACCAAGAAGAGCUUGAGACGGUGUGCGAAGUGGCGAGGCAAUGCUUGAACAGGGAUCCGAACAACAACAGCAACAAUAGCAACAAGCCUUCAGUGCAAGAGCUAUGCGAUACAUUGGAGAGUAGAAUCAGUUUGUCGAUUUCUGCAGAGCUCAGAUCAUCUUCUUUGGCUUGGGCUGAGCUUGCUCUUGACUCGUGA